UAUCCCCUUCACCAAAUCAUCACAAGCUAGAUACUUGCAUCUGCAGAAGACCGAUCAAUAGCUACCCAAACCAAUAGCCUCGCUCGAACACGAGCAUUUCCCAAAUUUCUAUCUCUCCUUGAUAGCUAGCCAUCUUACAACCCAGCAAUGAAGCAAAAGAUUGUCAUCCAAUUGAGCAUGUCGUGCGACAAGAGCAGGUCCAAAGCCCUCACCGUGGCCGCCAGAGCAGCCGGGGUGACAUCCAUGGGGAUAACCGGCGACGCGAGGGACCAGCUGGAGGUGGUCGGCGACGGCGUCGACCCGGUGUGCCUCGUCAGCUGCCUCCGCAAGAAGCUCGGCCACGCCCAAAUCAUCAAGGUGGAGGAAGUGAAGAAGCCGGAGGAGAAGAAGAAGGAGGACCCGAAGCCGCCGGCGCCCAUGCCCGUGCCCGUGCACCCGCCGCCGUACUUCUACCCGCCCAGCUCCUACUACCCCCACCAGUACCCGCCGCACUUCUGCGACGAGCAGCCCGGCAACUGCCGGACCAUGUAAUUUAAUUCUGUCGGCGACUAGAAAUAGCUACAUGCGCGUGUUUAUUAAUUCAUUGAAGGAAAUGAAAAGGACGAGAGAUACUCUACC